CGCUAGUGGAAGGGUGGGCCAAUCAAGAUGGUCUGGACCUGCCCCCCGCUCCAAAUUUUAAAAACACUGGCCCAUUAUCUAGAUCUGGGCCCACCAACCUUUAGAUUUUCUACUCCCAUUCAUUUCCCCCAACCCACUUGCGAUUACAAGGAAGAAGAUCCCUAAAAUCCGAAUUUGAAAACUCCCCCCCUCCUCUCUCUCUCUCUCUCUCUCUCUCUCUCUCAAGAGAAGAAGAAGAAGAAGAAGAAUUGUAGGCAUUAGCGAUGGAGAAGGAUGAUGAGAUAGGAGUAGUAAAGUUGGAUCCAGAGACGGAGUUCCUUUACUCCAAACAAGCGACUACUGGUAAUGAAUGGGAACUGUUCAAGGAGAAUGUCAAGCCCAUCAAGAGAGGCCGAAACAUCACCCUCCUAAACCAAGCCCUUAAAUCCCACUCCGACUCUCAACUCAAGAAAUCUCUCCUCCACACCCGAAGGCGGUUGAUUGAAGCGAUUGACGAGUACAAAGGGGAUGACCCUCUUCAUCCAUGGCUUGAGUGCAUCAAAUGGGUCCAGGAGGCUUUUCCUCCUGGUGGAGACUGCUCAGGACUGGUUGUGAUUUAUGAACAAUGUGUGCGUACGUUUUGGCAUGAAGACCGCUACAAGAAUGAUCUUCGUUACCUAAAAGUGUGGUUGGAAUAUGCUGAAAAUUGUGCAGAUGCCGAAGUCAUAUAUAACUUUCUGGAAGCGAACAAAAUUGGGCAGGCACACUCUAUUUUCUUCAUAUCAUAUGCUUUGCACAUGGAAUCGAAGAAUAAGAUUAGAACAGCAAAUGAAAUAUUUAAUCGUGGGAUGUCAAGGGAUGCUCAACCAAUUGAAAAAUUAAAGGCUGCUUAUAAGAAGUUUCUUGCACGUUCAAUGGGAAGACCAAAAGCUACAGAUGAGGAUUCCAAAGAGAAUAGCUCGCUUGUCCGAAGCUUUGGAACUGUAUUGGCUAGGGGAGAAAGCCGAACCCAAACAACAGAGAGUUCUGAUUUUCUGAGGAAAAAAUUGAAGCAGGACAGGGCUCAUGGAACUCCGCUUGCCAUUUACAAAGAUAGCAAAGCUGAUGUCAGCUUGGUUUAUCAACCAGAGUUGUCAAAGACAGACACCAAAUCUUGGAAUGUUCUUGGAGCUCGAGCAGAGAGAAAUAAAGAGAAUAAUGCGAUUCCUACCAAGUGGACCUCCAAUAAGAUUCCACGAAGAGCAGUGCCUAGAGCUGGAGGAGCAACUGCCAGUGCCUGCAUUGAGAUCUUCGUUGACGAGGAGUGUCUAGAAAAUAACAAAUUGGGCAGCAACAGCGGGAAGUCUUCUACUUUGCAGCUCAGAGACGAGGAGGGUCAUGACCUGAAAAAGAAAACAGAGCUAUUGAGGGAGAACCCACUGCGCAACUUUCCACCAGACUGUCUUCCCAGAUAAUCGAAGUAGAAUGGUCAUCUGUAUUUGUUCUGUUGUUGUAUGAAUUAAUCUUCGGCUCAGCUUUUAUCUUUAAAGCUCGAUCCGUAGUGAUCUAUCAACAUGUUCUUAGUAUUGAGAACAUUUGGAACUUCUAGUUAUGUGUAUUGAAAUUUUGGAGAUGUUAAUGAAUGAUUGUACAAGUACCGUUGUGCUUGAGCAUACUUAUUAGUUUUCGUUGGAGCCA